CCCGAUUCGACUUGUUUGUGCCAUUGCACGGACUGUCAGCGCUUUUCGGGUGCGCCCAUGUCCGGCAACUUCAUCGUUCAGAAGGAUGAAGUCCACAUUGAGGGUCCGGUCAAGAGGUGGGCUGGAAAGGGAGCUUCUGGAAAUGCCGUAGAGCGUUACUUCUGCCCCAACUGCGGCUGUGGCACUCACAGUAUUCCCGAGGUUAUGAGAGGAUUGCUUGUUGUCAAGAGCGGUCUCUUUGCCGAGUCCAAGGGUAUCCCUGUUGGUAUGGAGUUGUUCACCAAGGACAGGUAUGGCGCCAUCCAGGCUGUUGAGGGUGCUGAUCAGAAGGAGGCUAUGCCGUAGGGAGAGACGGUAACGGUAAAUGGGGAAGAGAACGGUG